CUUCCACUGUGGACGGCUCCGAGCAAGCGAGAGCCUCGAAAUGCCGUCUAACAACUCUAUGCUUUCCUGAGUGCCAGUCCUAUAUGAUAUGAUGACUUGUGAAAAUGUGCUGAACAGAGCGAUGGGAUAGCUGGAAUGUAAAUGGCGUCCUUUGAUCAUUCGGGGUUUCGAAGCAUCCUCGGUGGCCGGUCUCGAUAUGUCGCUUGCUUUGAAGUUUACCUCGCUCGCUGUCAGGACCUUUGCUAAGCCAAUAGCUAACUUUAUAAAGAGACAAGCACGCGAACAUGAGGGCUUCCGCCGAACCUGCAUUUCCUUUGCCCAAACCCUCCACAGAGUUGACAUGCGAUGGCGGAUAGGUCUUUUGCAAGAUGCAGCAGCCGUGGAAAAACAAGCUGCACGAGAAGCAAAAGCUGCGGAGGCCAAAAAGCACCAGCACAAUAUACCGACAGUCAAAACAGAAGCCCAGAUGAAGGCAGAAGAGGAGGCAGCAGCAAAAGCAGCCAAAGAGUCAUCUGAGCCUCCCAAACCCCGGCCGAAACCCAAGAUCAGGCCGCUUUCCGAAGCCAAGGCUAUCGAGUCGGGAGCCACCUUUAUUAGCGAGACCUUUCUUUUUACCGUUGCGGCUGGCUUGAUUGUUUUCGAGUCAUGGAGGUCAGGCCGCAAAGAAAGCAGGCGACGAGACGACGUGGCUGAGCGCCUGAAUGAAUUGGAGGAAUCUGAGAAAGCUGCCAGAAAAGCACUCGUGGAACUGGAGAGGGAAGUAUUACGACUGCGCGCUAAAGAAAAGAAUGGGAAGGCGAGCGACACCGUAAGGAUACUGCCGCCAGAGAUCUAUGCGGAAGACAAGGACGAGGACAAAAAGGAGAAGCCUGCGGGCUGGUUUGCUCGAAUCGCAUCCCUAGUGUCUCGAGACAAACCAGAUGAGGAAGCAACUGAGGCGUUAGCCACGAAUACUCCUGGACCGGCUGAAAAGAUUUUGGUUCAAUCUGAUAAAGCUCUGGAAGAAAAGCGUAAACACGCAGUUGAGGCAAGCGAGCAAGUGGCUGCGGAAGCAAAGAAAAAACGGUGAGAGCGGUUCAGUGGAGAGACGGUUUGCUGCUGGAUGAUGAGUCUGCCAUCUUGGCGUCUCGAGUGUCUCAUACAUCGAGACUUGUAUUUUCUCUCAUCUCAGAAGUGUACAAUUGAUAUGUAGGAUACCCACUCUAAAAUCAAGAUAUGAUCACAGUCAGA